AUGGAUGAAACUAUUGGGGAAGGUGUCACUGGAGGCACAGAUAAUGGCCACCUUUCUGCUUCUCCGGUGAUGUUCUUCAGGGUUUUGUAUGAAAGCAAACAAGGUGAGUUGAACGGAGUUUUAAGUACACCUUACUGUUUGUUAUCCUUCUAAGUAAAUUAAUAGCGUUCCUACGUUGCGAUUCGCAGGUGCCUGAAAAGCAAGGAAAUACAUACCAAACAAUAGAUAUGAUUUUGACGACAAUCUCUAUUUUACCAUGUUCUCCAAUCACCAGAGUCGGAAAUGACUCUCAUAUAACAAUUGAGGUUGCACAAUGCACGGUCGAGGAGAUCUCAAACACCACAUGUUGGACAUCACUUCAGGAAUCGAUACCAUCAAAAUUAUACUAUUUCAUUGAAACUGUCGUUAAAGGAACUGUAGGAUCCUACGGCCUUCAAGUAGCUGCCAUGAAACUUGUUCUCCCCCAAAUUGAUGGCUAUAUCGUACGCAACGAUAUUAUCGAGAGAAGAUUGCUCAAUUGUACUCUCAUUGAAGGAACAAUGGACUUCACGGAGCCACGGGAGAAAGUGCAUGCACUGAGAACAGGACUCACAAUGCAAUUAGCAUUUGAACAUGCUAUUGGGGCGAUCUCGCUUAAACUAUGUCUCGGGGUGAAUUCGGAAACAGUAAAGUUUCUGCUUCUUCAACUCGAGUCUGAAAUUGCCGCACGACUUGGUUUCCCCUGGAUACUCGAUGCACCACUUCGGAAAAAGCGCCUGGUCAUUGUUGAAGGCCGACCACAUCCUACUGAAUCGGCUGCCUCGGAGGGACCCUAUCGGGCCACUAAGGCUCUUGGGAUCGAAGUUGUCGUUCUGGAUCACGAAGGCCACUGGCUGCAGGAUCAUCAGUUCGCUCAUUUGCGGGAUGAGUUCAUCUCGUGUGACUUGACAGUUGACGAAAAUCUCCCUGGUCGAAUAAUCCAAGCUAUGAGAAAGAGCAGGAAUGACAUAGAUGGAAUUAUCACGUACUCGGACAAACUUCUCGUUGCAACUGCACAGGUAGCAAAUAUUUUGAGACUCCCUGCCGAUCCAGCCGUCACCAUCGAGCGUUGUAGUGACAAAGGCAAAAUGCGCGAGAUCACCACACCGGAGUUGGUUCUUUCCGUCACAGGCGUGGACGAUUUGAGAGAGCAGAUCGAAGCUCUCAAAAUCCCUUUGCGAUACCCACUUAUCGUCAAACCUGGCAGAGGACAAUCUUCAGAAGGGGUUCACAUGGUUAACUCUGAAAUGGAACUCUUUUCUGCUGUACAAAAGGACCAAACAGUGUUUCCAGGAAAGUCCUAUCUCGUCGAACCCUAUAUCUCGGGCCCUGAGGUGGACGCAAACAUUGUACUAUUGAAUGGAGAAAUCAUUUUCAACGAGACUAACGAUGAUUUUCCUUCAUUUGCGGAGCGCCAUAGAACAGAUUCGUCUUCAUUUGCAGAAACAUCAACCAUUAUGCCCUCUAUUCUCCCUCAAUCAGAGCUCUUUUUGUUAAAAUCCGUUUUGUCCGAGGCUUUGAUGAAACUUGGAUUGAGAAACGGAGUGUUCCAUAUCGAGGCACGAAUUCAAAAUAGCUCGAUGAGAUAUGAACAUCAACAAGGGGACUUGGAGCUAACAAGACUUCCAUAUCGCCAAUCUUCCACGCCACUUUCCGAACCUACUAUUUUUUUCAUUGAAAUCAACGCAAGAACGCCAGGACACCAAGAAUCAUUCGCGGUUGAAUUCACAUACGGGAUCGACUAUUAUGCACUCUACACGCUCUUGGCUGUCUCCCCACAUUUAUCACUGGCAUACAUGCAUGGGGAAAACAACAAAAAUCCCGAGAGUCAGAGGCUACAUGCACUUACUUAUCCAUUUCCACCACAUGUUCAAUUUCCCACAAACAUUGUUUUCAUUCCGGUAACUCGUGGAGGCACGUUUGUAUCGGCAAAACCUCUUCACAAAGAAUUGAUGAGCCAUAUAUUGAGUUACAAGAUUUUGAUGAAGACAGGGGACAUAAUUGAGGACCCAGUAGCAACUGGGAAAUGGCCGUUUAUUGCGUAUUUCCUGGUUAUAUCUAGGUCCGUAGGAGCAGAGGGUAGAAGGCAGGUAAGGACACUUGGAGAAUUUGUGAGAUCCGCAUUUGAAGUCGAAAUCAUUUGA